AUGAGCACUCUAAUGAAAAAGCUGGUGGCCCCUCAACAAGCAGCUUACAUAAAAGGCAGAUGCAUCCAAGAGCAGGUUUUACUUGUAUCUGAAAUGGUCAAAGAAAUGAAGAAGAAAAGAAGAGAAGGUAAGAUAUCUCCAAUGGUCAUCAGGAAGGGGAUAAGGCCAACUCAUCUAUUUUUUCCAGAUGAUGUUUUCAUGUUUUGCAAUGGAGGGAAAAAAACUUUACAAAACCUUCUGCAGCUAUUAGAUGAAUAUCAAAAAUUCUCUGGACAGAUAAUUAACAAGAAUAAGAGUAAACUAUUUAUUGAUGGUACAACUGAUUCAAGAAAAUCUUUGAUUCAAGAUAUAAUGCAAAUGGAGAGAAGUGAUUUUCCUGACAAAUAUCUGGGUGUCAUAUUAUCAGCUGACAGAAUUAAACCCUCAAUAGUUUGGCCAAUGGUUGAAAUGUUACAAAGUAAGCUUGCAGCUUCGAAGGGGAGAAUGUUGCCUUUUCAAGAAAGAUUAGUGCUUAUAAAGUCAGUUCUUUGCCCUAUCCCCAUUUACAACAUGGCAGUAUACAAAUGGCCUUCAUAUGUAAUUAAAAUUUGUGAGAAAGUUAUCAGAAUUUUUUUAUGGUCGGGUGAUAGUGAUGUUAGAAAGUUCAAAACUGUGGCUUGGGAAAGAGUUCACACUCCAUUUAAUGAAGGUGGCCUAGAUAUUCCAAGACUUGCAGUAAUAAACAGAGCAUUUUUGAUGAAGAUGAUAUGGAAAAUCAUGCACUCGAAGAUUGGGAAGCUUUCUUCAAGGCGAAGUACAUGGAUAAAAAUGGUCAAUGGAGUAAUGCAUGGCAAUUAUGUACUGCGUGGACAUUGGAAAGUGGAAAUGGUGAAGACAUAUCAGUAUGGCAUGAUGUUUGGAUAA